AUGUCAUCCAAUACAACGAUAAUCACAAGUUUAACUGUUGUUUCAGCUCAAUUGAAUCGUUAUUUAUCAAUAGUUAUACUUCUAUUCGGUGUAAUAGGUAAUAUAUUAAAUUGUCUUGUUCUAUCAGAAAGAACUCUUCGUUCAAAUCCAUGUGUCUUAUUAUUUCUUGCUUCAUCAAUUGCUAGUCUUAUUACUCUUAUAUCUGGUAUUGCUGUUCGUUUAUUAUCUGGUUGGUCAAUGGAUUUAACGGAUACUGUUGAAUGGAUUUGUAAAUUUCGUAUUUUUAUUUUAUUUUCUUCAAGAACAAUAGCUUCAUGGCUUAUUACAAUGGCCACUAUUGAUCGAUGGCUUUCAUCAUCGAUUAAUAUUCAUCUUCGACAUAUGAGUACAAUUAAAAAUGCUCAACGAGGAAUUAUUAUUAUAAUAUGUUUAUCAAUUAUUGUCUAUAUUCAAAUAUUCUAUUGUUAUCAAUCAAAUUUAAUCGAUUCUCCACUUAAAUGUUAUGGUAAAACAAAAUGGUGUAGAAUAUUAAAUGAUUUUGAAUUUGCUUUUAUAAGUGUUAUAAUACCUUCAUUAUUAAUGUUUAUCUUUGGAUUGAUGACUAUUUUAAGAAUACGUCAAACUAGUUUACGUCGAAUUCAACCAAUUAUGAUAACAACAUUUAUUCAAACAAAAAGUAAAAAUCAACGAUCACAAACAUUGAGAAAAACUGAUCAUUAUUUACUUGCUAUGCUUUUUAUGCAAGUUUUAUUAUUAACUUUAUUUUCAUUACCACAAGUCAUUGUAACUCUUUAUUCAAAUAUAAAUUUAAAUAUAAAUCAAAUAAAAUCUCCAUUAGAUAUUACAAUAAAUCAAUUUAUAUUUAAUUUAUUUAUUCUUCUUACUUAUGUAACAAAUGGAAUGCCAUUUUAUAUUUAUACAUUAACUGGCGGAACCGUUUUUCGUAAAGCUUUACUCAAAACACUAACAGAAUUUAUUCGAAAAUUUAUAUUCUCAUCAACAUAA